AUGGCCGCCUUCGUAUGGGUUGACAUGUUAAUGAAGAGGCAGAAUCUUCUUGAUCCCAGCAAUGACCCCAACAUCGGCUCGUCUCGAGGCAACGCAUCAUCGACGACAUCGGAAGUGAUUGGAAACCUGGGAGUCAAGGAAUCCACCUCGCUCUCGGCGUUGCUGACUACACUUCUGCCGGCGUUGGUGAUAGCCGCAUUCUGGUUUGGCCUCUUCCUGAUCUGUCGGCGCACACAACUCCGGUGGUAUGCCCCGAGGUCUCAUCUGCCAUGCUGGCACCAGCACGAACGGAGUCCCCAGUUGCCAACGGGAUUUGUGAAUUGGUUCGGCCACUUUUUCAAGAUAUCCGAUGCUCAUGUGCUUCACUCCUCCUCCAUGGACGGAUACCUCUUUCUGCGGUUUCUGCGGGUCCUCUGCGCGACAUGCUUCACCGGCUGCUUGAUUACAUGGCCGAUUCUGCUUCCCAUCCAUGUCACCGGGGGCGGGGGCAACACUCAGCUCGAUGCGUUCAGCUUCAGCAAUGUGAAAGAUCCGUCUCGGUACUACGCUCACGCGGUCAUGCCAUGUGUCCUGUUCACGUUCGUAUUCUACGUGGUCACCCGAGAGAGCAUCUUCUACGCGAAUCUCCGGCAGACGUAUCUUCACUCUCCCGCGUAUGUGCGCCGCAUAUCGUCCCGCACAGUGCUGUUCAUGUCGGUCCCGGACGAGUAUAAGAGCGAGAAAACGCUCCGCCAGGUCUUCGGGGACUCCAUCCAAAAGAUCUGGAUCACCUCCGACUGCAAAGAGCUGAGCCAGAAGGUCAAGAAAAGGGACAAACUGGCUCUACGCCUGGAGCGAGCUGAAACCCAUUUGAUCCGAGCAGCAAACUCGGCGCGUCUCAAGGCCUUCAAGAAGGGAGUCAUCACUUCGGAUACAUGCCUCGACUGCGAGAGCGGAGCACAUGCAUGGCGUAAGAAAAUCCGCCGGCCAACUCAUCGGCUGAAGCUGUUUGGGCCCAAGGUCGACUCUAUCGACUGGCUGCGCGAGGAGCUGGUCAAGGCAUCACAGGAAGUGGACGACCUCCAGCAGAAGCAUAGAAAUGGCGAGAGGAAGAAUCUGUCCGCCUUGUUCAUCGAGUUCAACACGCAAUCUGAUGCACAAAUCGCGCUGCAGACCCUGUCGCAUCACCAACCGCUCCAUAUGACGCCGCGGUUCAUCGGCAUCUCGCCCAGGGAGGUCGUCUGGUCCUCCCUCAAUCUCAGCUGGUGGCAACGCAUCGUGCGCAAGUUCGCCAUCAAGGGAGGGAUCGCAGCCCUGAUCAUCUUCUGGUCCAUCCCCUCCGCUGCCGUGGGCACCAUCUCGAAUAUUACCUAUCUCACCCACCUCAUCCCCAUUCUGGGCUUCAUCGACAAGCUGCCCGAUACUCUCAAAGGGGUAAUUGCCGGCCUCCUACCAUCAGCUGCUCUGGUUCUUCUCAUGUCGCUGGUCCCGAUCAUCUGUCGAUUUUGUGCCCGACGAGCCGGUUCCCCGUCAACCGCCCACGUCGAGCUUUUCACGCAGAGCGCCCACUUUUGCUUCCAGGUCGUCCAGGUGUUCCUCGUCACGACCCUCACGUCGGCUGCGUCUGCCGCGACAGCUCAGAUUAUCAAGGACCCGCUGUCGGCCAAGGAUCUGCUCGCAGAGAACCUGCCCAAGGCCACCAACUUCUACAUCUCCUAUUUCCUGCUGCAGGGGCUGACCAUGAGCUCCAUGGCCGUGGUCCAGGUCGCCGGUAUGAUCGUGUUCAAGUUCAUGAGCACGUUCUUCGACCGGUCUCCGCGGCACCUGUACCAGCGCUGGGCCUCCCUCAGCGGAAUCAGCUGGGGCAACGUCUUCCCCGUCUUCACCAACAUGGGCGUCAUUGCCCUCACCUAUGCCUGCAUCGCCCCGCUCAUCCUCGGCUUCGCCUUCAUCGGCCUCUUCCUCGUCUACCAGGCCUACCGCUACAACUUCCUCUUCGUCUACGACAUCCAAACCGACACCAAGGGCCUCGUCUACCCGCGCGCCCUCCAGCACCUCCUCACAGGCAUCUAUCUCGCCGCCAUCUGCAUGAUCGGCCUGUUCGCCAUCCGCGCCGCCAUCGGCCCCCUCAUCAUCAUGAUCUUCUUCACCAUCGCCGCCAUCCUCGCCCACAUGUCGCUCAACGAGGCUCUGGCCCCGCUCUACUCCUUCCUGCCGCGCACCCUCGACACAGAGGAAGAGAUUCAGCAGGCAAAGCAGGACGCGCGCGAAGCCGACUCCGAGACCGAUUCCGGAGGCCUGCGCACCCCGCGCGGCCGCUGGCAGGCCGUCUGGAAAUGGUUCCACCCGAACCUGUACCGCGACUACGCGGCGCUGCGCCGCAAGGUCCGCCGCGACCAUGUCCGCAUCCAGUACUCGGAGGAGGAGGAGCGCAAUGCGUACUUCGAGCCGUGUAUCCGCGCGCGCACGCCCACGCUGUGGAUCCCGCGCGACAAGUGGGGGUUUAGUCGCCACGAGGUGCUGGAGACGCAUCCGUCCAUCCCGAUCACGGAUGAGGGGGCGCAUCUCGACGAGAGGAACAAGAUUGUGUGGGAUAAGUAUGAUCCGAAUCUGCCGCUUUGGGAGCUGAAGAUUCUCUACUGA